GAGAGAGGAGCUAUCUGUGGUGCCGGAGCGCGUCAGGAGCGCAUCACCCACUCAUGGCUCAGGAGAGCGCGUGGAAACGCUGCGUGGAUCUGCGUACAUGAACCCGACCUGGAUCCGCACUCAGCGCACUAGCCCGCCAUGGGGGACGAUGGUGCGUCCUCGUCGCUCAACUUCCAGAAUGGCACCGGGGGCGAGGAGUCGGACGCACCGGUGUCCUCCUCCGCGUCCGAUCAGUGGAUGGCGGGCGUGAGUGUCUUGAUGGCGCUCAUCGUGCUGUCUAUUGUGUUCGGGAAUAUUCUGGUCAUCGUGGCCAUCGCCAGGACGCAGAGGCUGCAGACGCUCACCAAUGUCUUCAUCGUGUCACUGGCGAGCGCGGACCUCAUCAUGGGGCUGCUGGUGGUGCCGUUUGGCGCUGCGCUCGCGGUGCACGGCUCGUGGCUGUACGGCUCCUUUUUCUGCGAGUUCUGGAUCUCCGUGGACGUCCUGUGCGUCACGGCCAGCAUCGAGACCCUGUGCGUAAUCGCCAUAGACCGGUACGUGGCCAUCACCUCGCCUUUCCGCUACCAGAGCCUGCUGACCAAAGCGCGGGCCAAAGCCGUGGUGUGCGUAGUGUGGGCCAUCUCUGCGCUCGUCUCCUUCCUCCCCAUCCUCAUGCACUGGUCCCGGGACAGCGCGGACACGGACUGCUACGAGAACCCGGAAUGCUGCGACUUUGUCACCAACAGAGCAUAUGCCAUCUCCUCCUCCAUCAUCUCUUUCUACAUUCCUCUGCUCGUCAUGAUAUUUGUUUACGCGCGCGUGUACAGAGAGGCGAAAAAGCAGCUGCGGAAAAUCGACAAGUGCGAGGGCAGGUUUCACAACACCUUAACCGGACUCACCUCCAAGUGCAAGAAGAAACCGUCCAAGAUCCUGGCGCUCAGGGAGCAGAAGGCUCUCAAAACCCUGGGCAUCAUCAUGGGGACGUUCACCCUGUGCUGGCUGCCCUUCUUUAUAGUCAAUGUGGUGCGCGUGUUUUGCGCAGAGAUGGUGGACAAAGACCUGUUCGUGUUCCUCAACUGGCUCGGGUACGUGAACUCUGCGUUUAACCCCAUCAUUUACUGUCGGAGCCCGGACUUCAGGAAGGCUUUCAAGCGGCUACUGUGCUGCCCGAGGCAGGCUGACCGACGGCUGCACAUCAGCUCCUGCGACCUGUCCCGCUGCUCCGGCGGCUUCGUCUCCACGCUGGAGCCCGGGACGCUGGGGAUGUGGUCUGAAUGCCCCGGUCUGGACACCAGUGACAGCAGCCUGGUGGGGCCCGCAAAGCUCCCUCACCGUGAGUCACAGUUUUGAGGGGGAAAAUUGAAUAUAACAACGAAAUCAAACUUUUUAUUGGUUUGGGUUUACAACAGUCUGGACAAAGAUGUGGCACUGACUGAUGCAGCGUGUGCGUCUUUUCGUGGAAAACACGAGAAGUCGGUUGUUUUUGUUUUAUUCUAUUUAUUUUUUACAUUGGAGAAAACAAACAUCACAUCACCAGGAACUCAGCUGGAAAGCCAUAUUUUCUUCUUAUCAUUUUUUGGACAAAUGAUUGUUUCCAAAUGCGCACGUGCAGGGCCGCACCAAGACUUUAUGGGGCUCAGAGCAGAAAUUCAUAAUUGAAUUGUUGAAAACUUACUUCAAUAGUGAACACCUAAAUGAAUUAAAACACUGGUGUGUAACGUUUAAAUAUAAACAAAUAUCAGGUGAGCUCACACAACUCUAAUGAAGUUACAUGACUCAUGUGUCAUUGUUUCCUCGGUGGAGCAGUGUUUAGAGCUCGUGCCACGUGUCCAAAUCCUACGCUGCACUGCACCCAGGAAGUGAUUCAUGCUGGUAAAUCGGGGCGAAUUCAAACAGGUUGUGUGACUGAAAAACACGGAAGGAAGUGUCCACAAAAACAUCCAGGAGGGAAAAACUUGUGAUUGUGUGCACACAAAUGUUCCCUUAGUCAGGUCUGAUAGUAUUGCCCGACAUACAGCAUACAAGUAAUGGUACACAAAUCCCCUAAAGUUACACAGUGCGGCUUUAAUUUAUAUGAAGACAACUUGCCUACUAACCCGUUUGAAUGAACCUCAUUCAUUUAGGUGUAACCAACUGCAUCUAAAUGCAAUCAUUAUUGACACGAUAUGAUAAUAUUUUACAAAAGUGCUCUUUGGGGCCCCCUUGUGGCCAAAGUGGCCCCAUGCGUCAUGUCAACGUGAUGAUCCAAUUCUGCCAAAUUUUGGGUUUUGAAUUAUAAGUUUUGUAUGCACUGUUUUUGCCAUAAAGCAGGUCUCACUGAAGUGAAACUUGACUCGGAUGUUUUGUUUUUUUAUUAUUGGGUUAAUGUUAAGUUGAAUGAUAUACAGUAUGUUAAUGGGGGUUAUUUAUUAAAGGGCAGUGGGGACGGUGUCAUGUGGCCUAAGUUAUAGCCCCGGCUCCAUGAAGGGUCAUAGAUAAUUGUCCCUGUGGCCCCGCUCAGGCGUACUGUUAUAAACUGAUGGUUAUGGGCUAUUUGAAGAGAAGUGACUGUAAUGUACUCAUAGUGCUCACACUGUGUUUUACCUCGCAGCCGUCGGCAAGUGCAAUUUGUACAGAUAUUUGUUUACAUUAAACAUUUCACAUAUGUACAAUAGAAAUGUAUUUAUUCUCUUUAAACUCCUUUUUCAACUACUCGAGUCAAUGUGGGGCCCAGUUUGUACAUAUACAGUAUUGUGGUAUGUGCUGUUUGGUACUGAAAGGAGGAGUUUGUGCCUCGUCCUUUGUCUUUCUCAUUUAAGCUUUAUAUGCUGUUGUGAGGUGGUACGUCGGCUCCUGUGAAAUAAAAAGAAACAUGUUUACUGUU